GCAAGUCCCUGGCACAGAGGCAUCCCGGGCUGGGCUGGGCUGGGCAGGAAGGGCAGGGUGUGGUCAGGAGACGGGGGUAGGGGGCUUUUUCUGGGGUAAACUGAGCCAGGGGAGGCGGAGGGGGAGACAGGACUUUGCAAGUUGGCUCAGGAGAGCCACUGCCAAAAUUUGCGCAAGGUUUCUUUUUGCAGGGCGCAAAAGCGAAGGGAGAAGGGAGACCCGGGUCUCGCGCGUUUGUGGGGCCUGGACGCUAGGGGGGAAAGGUUGGGUGUGCUUGUGUGAUUCAAGGGGAGAGCUGCUAGUGAGAGGGAGGGGGCGAGGGGUGUUUGUCCAUGUGAGAGAGAGAGUGGGGGCAGGGGAGGAGCGUGGGUGUGUUUUCGGACCACAGAAAAGGAGGAACAACGGUGCGCAAGGCAGCAUAAAGGACGGGGACAGUGGCGUGCGCGAAGGACGAGAGCGCACAAGUCCGUGUGUGCCCGGCGAGAAAGACUGGCAGUUCGGACAGCCUGAGAGAGGAGAAAGUCUGGGAAAGUUUGUGCGGGGAGAAGGCUGAGUGUGAGACAGAGAGAAAGAGUCACGCGCAUCUCCAGCAGCUGCCAGAAAGCUGCGCUCUCCAUUCUGGACCACCCUGUGGACUUCUAGAAGCCGGGUUGAUCGCCCAGGAAGGAGAAGACUGUGCCCCCCAUGGGGCAGGGGGGUGCCCGCCUGGCAUAGAGGACCCAAGCCAGGGCGGCUCCUGCCAGCCGUCCCUGGAUGUGGCUGGAGGCACGGCAGCCGCUGGGGUGCCUCCCGCCCCUGCCAUGGCUGCCGAGGUGCGACUGAAGAAACUGGAGGAGCUGGUCCUGGACCGGAGCGCUGUGGGUCUGGAGACCUUGGUAGACCUUCUGCUCUGUGUGCACCACGAGCUGAGCACGUCGCCCCUCGCCCAGGAGAAGUACAUCAUGGAGUUUUUACAGUGGGCGGAGCCAGUCACCUCCAGGCUGAAAGCGCUGCGGCUGCAACGGGACGAUUUCGAGAUCCUCAAAGUGAUUGGACGGGGAGCCUUCAGCGAGGUAGCAGUCGUGAAGCUGAAGAGGACAUCCCAGGUCUACGCCAUGAAGAUAAUGAAUAAAUGGGACAUGUUGAAGCGGGUUGAGGUUUCCUGCUUCCGAGAGGAGCGGGACGUGUUGGUCAACGGAGACAAGCGCUGGAUUACGCAGCUGCACUUUGCUUUCCAAGACGAGAAUUACCUGUAUCUGGUGAUGGACUACUAUGUUGGGGGAGACCUCUUGACGCUGCUGAGCAAAUUUGGGGACCGCAUCCCGAUGGAGAUGGCUCGCUUCUACCUGGCCGAGAUGGUGAUGGCCAUAGACUCAAUACACCGGAUAGGUUAUGUACACAGAGACAUCAAACCAGACAACAUCCUCCUGGACCGAUGCGGACAUAUCCGGCUGGGGGACUUUGGCUCCUGCCUCAAGCUUCGCAAAGACGGGACGGUCUGCUCAACGAUAGCCGUUGGCACCCCUGAUUACCUCUCCCCCGAGAUUCUGCAAGCGGUGGAAGACGGCGCUCACUCCUACGGCACAGAGUGUGACUGGUGGUCCCUCGGCGUCUUCGCCUACGAGAUGUUCUUCGGCCACACUCCUUUCUUUGCCGACUCCGUGGUGGAGACGUACGGAAAGAUAAUCCAUUUCAAAGAGCACUUCCGGUUCCCUCCGUCGGUUCCUGACGUCCCUCCCGAAGCUCUGGCCUUGAUCGAAGGGCUCAUCUGCCCCCGGGAGAUGCGACUGGGGCGCAACGGAGUCCGGGACUUCCAGGAGCACCCCUUCUUUGUGGGCGUGGACUGGGACUCGCUGCGGGACUGCGUGCCGUCCUUCGUGCCCGAAUUUGCCAACGCCACGGACACCUGCAACUUUGACGUGGUGGAUGACUGUCUCACUGACAUGGAAACCUUGUCGGAUGUGAUGGAGAGCUCUCCGCUUGGGGUGCACCUGCCCUUCGUGGGGUAUUCGUACACCUACACGGCAGCAGCAAAACAGAAUGAGGCGGAGGAAAGAGGCCGCGGGGACGUCAGCAUGGAGGUCGACGGCAGCCAGAGGACUUUGCCCCCAGAGCAGACCCCCAAGCAAACCCCGGAGGAGCUGGCAUGCAAACUCCCAGAUGGACAGAAGCUUGACGUGGCCACUUUCCUAGAGUUGCAGUCGGCGCUCGAGGAGGAGCUGAGGAGCCGUGAGAUGCUGUGUCAAGAGCUCAGCAUGGUCAAGGUGGCCAACCAGACCUUUGCCAGCCAACUCAAGGAAGCCGAGAGCCGCAAUUUGGAACUGGAAGCUCAGAUCAAACGCCUGGAGGAGCAGAUCGAAGGGAUGAGGCCGAUGGCCGAGGAAGCUGCUCUGGGCUGGAGCCCCCGCUGGCCCCCCAACCACACCCACCCUUUCUUGUGCCGCGUGGAGCGCCUGGCAAAUGCGGCACCAUGGCAUCUCGGCUUUGUGAAUACCCGCUUGUGGUACCCCUGUACCGGCACUUGCUGCUCUUUUCUAGGGUACAUAGGCCCUGCAUCGUCAAGGUGGGAUACCUGCUCUUAUGCACUGGCAGAUUUGCCCUGGACGCCUCUCCUCGGAGCCUGGUGGAGGUGGCAUGAAGGCCAUCGGCGAGGGGGGAGACCCUUGUGCCCAACAGCUGCUGCCCAGCCCUUGCCAGGUGCCUGGGAAAACCUCCUUUAUCACUUGCCAGCUGCCCCCAGAAGGGAGAUUAGGGCCCAGAGGGCUGAAAACCCCCUUCUCCUUGUGCCUUGGCAAGGAAGAGGACCCUUUGCGAUCCAGAUGCUGCCUGAACCAACGACCGAGCCCACGCCACUCCCCAGGGCCUCGCUUCCCUAAACUCUUGAGCCCUGCCUCUGAACUUGCCUCGCUUUGCGAAGACAGCACUGGUCUCCCCAGCUGACAUCACUGUUAGCAGCCAGGGAGGAAUUUCCUAAAGGGCCACAAGCGGCCGAAGAGAACCCUGCAGAGAUCCCCAAGACCUCUCGACUCCCAACUCCUUCCCACUUUUUAUCCUCCGGCUGCUCUGCCUCGAACGCGAGGGGCAAAAUUUGGGAGCUGCUGUAGGAUCCAGCAAUCCCAGCAUCCUCAAUUGAACCCCUUAAAUUCCUGUAGGGCAAGGAGCCCAGGAGUCCUGUCUCCCAGCCCUUCUAGUCAGCCCCCCAUCUCUGACUCCCCGGUCUCUGAUUCCGACAUGGCUGUUUCCAAGAGGUGAAGGCUGGGGGGGGGAAUUCCUUCGUGGCAAGUGUCUUCCUGGGGACGCAGCUUCCGCUUACCCCUUGGCGACGCUCCCCCCUCGGAUCACGACUGCCGCCCCAAUGACCCAUGGCUGCUUUGCACCAGCUCCCACCCACCCCCUUGGGAGUUUGGCGCAAGGGAAGUCGGCGGAGGGACGGCUGAUGGAAGAGGACUGGACUUGGAUUCCAGUUUUGCUUGGAGAACGCUCUGCUAUCGGCGGAAUCUGCGCAAGCAGAUAUUGUACACGGUGCUUCCGAGUCACGCUUCGCACUUGGGAUUGGCUGGGCUAAGACUAGGACGGUCCUCUGGGUAGCUGCCCCAAGGCCCAGGCGGGACCUUGGAGAAGACUGCAAAGCCAGGCACGUCUCAAGUUCACUUGAUGGGAAGCGCCACCGGCAACAGAAAAAUGACUUAUACCUGCACUUCUACACUUCCGGCACCUGGGGGCAGCACCAAGCCUUUCUUGCUCCACACUGCCGCACGUACACAAGGUUGUUGGUAAUUUAUUUGGGAUUGUGGUGUUUAGCUGUAAAUCUUAUUUCCCGCUCCAGCAGGUGAUGGACCUCUGUUCCCUGCCUCUUCCAAAAGGUGUGCGCGCACUCGUCUCUAACGAAGGGAAGCGCACAGGAGAACGUUUAGCUUGAAGUGGGGGGGGGAAACUGUGCUAGUUUUAAGGUUUUGCACUAUGCUCUCCUCUUGGUCCCUGGUCACCUUCCUUUCUCCCCAUAUUUAUUAUUCCAUCUCCCCCCCCUUUGUGUAAUAAUAUGGCACACGGGGGCUAGAUGCAUGAGAACACUGUACAUUUGUGACACUGUGUGUUAAGGAUGUUGCUGCUCUCUCUUCAGAGAUGAAAUAAAAUUGGAUUCUUCCGUA